AUGUCCAUCGGUAUUGCCGGUACGGUGACCACCCUAAACAACGUAGACGAACAUUUUUCUGAGAAUACCACCAUCUUCCAGAUAACCUCUGGGGUAGAAGGAGGCAUGACACCGGCAGUGAACCUCGAGGCCGUACCGACGGGCGUCAAACGAGAUAGCGAGAUGGGCCGAGCCCGUCUGGACUGCCAGGCUGCUGCGGGAGGCGACGUCUGUUCGCUGGGCGUCUGGGCGAAUGUCGAAUGCGGGGGCGAUCUUGAUGGACAAGAAGCAGCCUGUGGUGCAAAGUGGCAUGACAGCAGGAGGGGAAGAUGA